GUAAUUUCUUCCCUGUUUGACCACAUUAAAAGCUGUUCUGUAGCUAUAGCUCGCUUUUUUAAAUUCAUUUUCUAACGUAAAAUUCUCCUAAUUCCUUAAUUUGAGCAAGUGUUUUGUAUGUUUACAUUUAGCAGCUAUUUUAAGCGUCUUAGAAUCCAAACUGCUAGCAACAAUAACACCAUAUUCCUCCUUCAAACGGUUCCAGAUUUGGCUAACUAAAGUACAAGUACAAUGACUCGCCAUGGGAAGAACUGCACAGCCGGAGCUGUUUACACAUACCACGAGAAGAAGAAAGAUACAGCGGCAUCUGGCUACGGGACACAGAGCAUACGACUGGGCAAAGAUGCCAUCAAAGACUUUGACUGCUGCUGCCUGUCCCUGCAGCCCUGUCAGGACCCCGUGGUGACUCCAGAUGGAUUCUUGUAUGAGAAACAGGCCAUUCUUGAAUACAUUUUGCACCAGAAGACAGAAACUGCCAAAAAAAUGAAGGCGUAUGAGAAGCAGAAGCAAGCACAGAAGAGCAGCAGCCAACUUGAGUCCAAGUCAGAGGAAAGAGAGCGGGUGGAGAGGUUUAAAACCAGGGAGAACAGCAUCGUGUCCAAAUUCAUCAACCCUUUCACAUCUGGGCAGGGCAAAGGCAGUGAGAAAGCCAGGACAGACAGCGGCUCAGCAGAAUCCUCCACUGCUGCUUCAGCUUCCACCUCCAGUCAGAGCCUGCCCAGCUUCUGGAUCCCCUCACUGACACCAGAGUCCAAACCCACCCAGCUCAAGAAACCGAGUAAGGUCGUGUUGUGUCCCAUGUCAGGACGACCCAUAAAGAUGAACGAGCUUAUCACAGUACGCUUCACCCCGCUGGACCCGAGCCUGGAUCGAGUGGCUCUGCUCACCCGCCAGGACAGGUAUGUAUGUGCAGUAACCAGAGACGUCCUCGGCAACAGUGUCCCCUGUGCUGUCCUGCGACCCUCGGGUACUGUGGUCACUCAGGAGUGUGUAGAGAAGUUGAUCAAGAAGGACAUGAUUGAUCCCAUCUCUGAAGACAAAUUGACUGACAGAGACAUCAUCCCACUGCAGAGGGGUGGAACUGGCUUCGCUGCCUCUGGGGUUGACCUCAGUGCCAAAGAAGCUCGUCCAGUGAUGCAAGUGUGAGACAAGACUGAGGACUACACAGGACCAUCACAUCAAUGUUUCCAUGUAAAUCCUUACUGUGGAUAUGUUUUUUCAUGUUUGGAUUUUUGUAACCAACUCCUUGAACAACUUUCCCCUGUUUUCAGGCCUUAGUUGUAUAUUUUUCUUGCUCUUGUAGGUAGCUGGUAUUUUUCCCUCAGAAAAGUAAUUCCUCCAGAUGCAUAUUUUGUCUUUAAGAGAUAGAUUUUGCUUUCUCUCUCUUGACAAGUUAGAAUUUUUCCUUCAUGUUGCAUAGCUGAUCACUGGCAGAAGACUCUUACCUUUCAUGGACUUUUCUUCACUAUUCAGCCUGUCUCUUUUGUAGAAACACUUUCUUAUAUGGCUCUACACAAAAGUAGAAACAAAUGUAUCUUAUUUUUUAAAGUCCUAUUCAUUUGCUGGUCAUUGAUUCAUUGCAGUUUGCUGCAUAAAAUACCAAAGUAAAACUAAAUUCAAAUUCAGAGCCAUUGGAUUUGCAGCCAGUGAUAAUAGAGCCUGUCCGAAUUUGAUGACAAGAUAAAUUUGACUAAUUUAAUUCACUAAAUGUAGGUUUAAGCAGCUUAGCUGUCAUAGGGCCAUGCCAGCGUUGACUUUAUGUUUCAGGCAAGGACUGGAUACAAUUAAACUGUAUAUUGUUUUUAA